GAGAGGGCAGGGGCCUGAUUGCCCCGAGACCCACACCACGAUUCGGCCAUAUCCCUUGCUUCGCCGCCGUGGCCGCGCGGCGCGGCGCGGCGCUUAUUUCUUCACCUUCGCGAGCAGCAGCAGUAGCUGGUAGUAGAACAACAAACCAACGAGCAAGACUGCAAGCCGACAGACAAGCAGAGCAACGGAGCAGAGCAAGCAAGCGAGAUGGGUUCCGUCCUGUCGAGCGUGCUUGGGUCGUCGCCGUCGGAGCCGUCCGCCGAGGCCGACGACCUGGACUCGCGCGUGGUUUCCCUCCACAAGAAGGCCUACUAGGACUUGCAUAUGGCGGGACUCAAGGAGAACGCCCAGGCCAAGCUGGCAGUGAUCUACUUCUCGGCGUCGUGGUGCGGGCCCUGCCGCUUCAUCGAGCCGGCCUUGAAGCAGAUGGCCUCCACGUUCGCCGACGUCGAGUUCAUCAAGAUCGACGUCGACGAGCUCGCGGAGGUCGCAGGGGAGUGGAAGGUAGAGGCGAUGCCGACAUUCAUACUAGUCAAGCGUGGGAAGGAGGUGAGCCGUGUGGUUGGGGCGAACAAGGGCGAGCUGGAGAGGAAUGUCGAAAAGCAAAGAUUGUUGAUUAGCGCUUGAGGCAAUGACACAGCUUGUGAGAUCGUGUUAGUCUGCCUGUGAUAAACGUCCCUGGGUUAAUAAAGUUUCUGAAACUUGGAUGUGGAUGUGUCAGUGUGCCUGUUCGGUUUACUCGAGAUGAAUUAUAUCAGUUUGCUGCGUGGGUUUCAGAAUUGGGACAGAGCUGGAGGUGAUGAUGUUGUGCUGGUAGUUUCUGCUUGGCGAAACACCAGGGUUUAUGCUUUUGGCGUGUUUCGAACAGGUUUCGUUGAUGAAUUUCAGCUUCGCAUGUAAAUUUUCCCGUGUUUAUGCAA